AGGGCCGGAAGUAGGACCCCUGUGCGCAGGCGCCCUGAGGAUCCCAGGCUGCCAGUCGCACGCACGCCAGGGGGCGGAACUUCCUGCAGCCUCACUGCCUCCGCGUCUUCGUGGGCCCUGACUUUGUCUCUGAGCACACCACAGAGGCCCAGGAGCCAUGCGGGCCGCAGGCCAGGGCACAGGGGGUGCGGCGGGCGAUGCUGAUGGCCCAGGAGGCCCUGGCGUUCCUGGCGGCCCAGGAGAGGCGGGUGCUGCGGGCGACGGAGGUCCCCAGGGUGCAGGGGCAGCAAGGGCCUCGGGGCCGGGAGGAGGCGCCCCGCGGGUGCCGCGUGGCAGUGCUGCUUCUGCACAGAAUGGAAGCUGCCAGUGCGGGGCCAGGGGGGCGGAAAGACGCCUGGUUCAGUUGUACAUCACGAUGCCUUUCUCAUCGCCCAUGGAAGCGGAGCUGGUCCGCAGGGUCCUGUCCCCGGAUGCCACACCGCUCCCCCGACCAGGGGCGGUUCUGAAGGACUUCACCGUGUCCGGCAACCUACUGUUUAUCCGACUGACUGCUGCAGACCACCGCCAACUCCAGCUCUCCAUCAGCUCCUGUCUCCAGCAGCUUUCCCUGUUCAUGUGGAUUACGCAGUGCUUUCUGCCUGUGUUUUUGGCUCUGCUUCACUCAGGACAGAGGCGCUAAGCCCAGCCUGGUGCCCCUUCCUAGGUCGUGCCUCCUCCCCUAGGGGAUGGUCCUUGCACGAGCGGCCACUUCAUUGUGGGGGCCUGAUUGUUUGUCGCUGGAGGAGGCCGGCUUACAUGUUUGUUUCUGUAGGAAAUAAAAGUGAGCUAC